AUGACUCGUGCACACCAGCACAACUACGGAGAAGUUGCGAGCUGCCUGGACUUCUUCCAGCAGCUCGAGGCCAUGAAUGAGGAGGACGAGUUGAACGGCCUCGACUUUAGCGACGGCACGGUCGGCAAGUCGAAGAAUGACUACCCGCGAACACUGCGACGAUUCAACUCGCUCCUUAACACAUUCAUCUUCGCGGGUAGGCCCAUCCUGUCCCGUGCCAUCACGAGCAUCGUCAAGGACAUGCCGGCACACUUCGCCUUCCUGUUCAAUCUGGACAGGUUGGCGUCGAUGCAGAGGCGGAAUGGCCUCCCCAUCCUUCUGGCGGCAAAACUGCCCCAGAACGUUGUCACCCAGAUAGAGGGCUCCCGGACGGUCGGGGCUCGUUUUUGGGCCCUCCCCCUGGCCGAGCGCCGCAUGGGCCUCGUCAGCCAGCCUGGUGUCGCGUCACAGAUCGUGGCCGACAUUAUGCGCAACGCCGCCACUCACAUGGCGGACUUUGCCACGGCUGGAACUGCAGGCAACUGGGUCUGGGACACCAUCUUCGACGUCGACGGCGUCAAGUUCCGCGUUCUCCCCUCAUCGGACAUUAUGACGUGUUCUCGUCCAGCCAAGGACGUGGAGUACGUGGUCGGUCGCCUGACCGAGAAGCUCCAGGCCCGGGGCCUGGAAUGGGGUGUGCGAAGCUUCAACAGCUCUUCCCCCCUUCCCAGCUGCCUGGUGAGUUCUCACCAGCCGGCGUACAAGACCCUCGCACCGGAGGCCAUCCUCCAGGUCCUCGGUGCCGUCACCGCCGGAACUGAGCCGGCCAUUUCUCGCAGCCUCGUUUCUGCGUUGGCGUGGAACCGUCGAGGCGUUGCCUUGUCGGAACCGAACUCCAAGGUUCUGUGGGGUAUGGUCAAGCGCUGCGUGACCGACAACAUCGUCGUCGCUGAGCCCGGCGAGGCUUCCAAGAUCCUGGAAGCCCAGGAAUUCGGCACUCCCCUCCAGCGGCGCUCCAAGCGGCGCAUCCUGGCCGGCUGGGCCGAGAUCAAGGACGUUCCUCCGCCCCUGCCGACAGAGACCAUGCCGGAGGUCCUCAACAACCUCCGUGCUCAACAUUUCGAGCACUUUGACCCAGCAAAGGACGGUAUCGCUCCUAUCCUCCACUUGUGUGCGCGCGGCCGCUUCCCGGCCAACGCCACCACCGACGAGGAGGGCAUCACCAUCCUCCAACAGACGGACGGCGACGAGGUGAUGAGCAUUGUUCAAGCCGACAAUGCGGACAUCCUGGCCCAGGGUUGCGCAGUGAGUUGCAAAGAGUCGGAUGGCACUGACACCAAGUACCCCGGCGGUUGCGUGUUCGGGGAAGGAAGCCCGUGGCGGCCCAUUGCUGGGACGCGAUGCCCGUACCGAUGGAAGGACGGCGUGAUGCUGUGCAUCGCGCACUUCCAGGCGACGUGGUUCGCCAAGCACUGCCUGGGCCAGUCGUUCCAGGUCUUUGAGCAGACUUGUCUGGCAAAGAACCUGACGAAUAACGGCGCCCGCAUGGACCAGCUCGCGCAGUACCAUGCGGUCUGCCAAGGGCCCUCAUGCUAUGGAGGCGCCCACUGCCUCAGCGCUGCCAAGCCCAGCUGCGGCAAUUCGGGCGGCAUGUGUGUUGCCCUGUGCAACACGUGCAUCGUCACGUCUGGUACCUCUCUGCGCAAGCAAAAGGAGGCUGCCAAGGGUCUUGCCAACGCGCGCGGCAUCUCCGUUUGGGACCUCCCUGCGCACGAGCGCAUCAUCCAGCCGCCGGAGGCCAGCCCUCAGCGUUGGAUGGUGCCUUGCGCGGACCGCCGUGACGGCUGCGCCGGGUUCGCCAGGUACAGCAAGAUGCGCGCAUCGAUGCUGUACAACCCUGCUGGCGAGCCAGUGUGUCUUCGGUGCCACCGAUGGUACGGCCAGUUCGUCGAAACCUUCGACGACCUCCAAGGCCGCCUCCCCCCAGCGAUCGUCCAGCAGAUCAUCAAUGAUGUUAUCUCUGCAUCGACACUCGACACCGACGCCACCGCCGAGGCGUUCAAGACAAUGGCGUACCGCUACGACGGCGUUGUUCUUGGGGUGCGUCUGCUCGCAGACAUUCUCCAGGACAAUGUGCGCCAGAGCACGGACAAGAGGGCGGCGGAGGGACUGGUUGCCCAUUACCGGGCAUUGGCAGGUCUCCCCAACAACGACAUUAACGCCGGCGAGGAGGGCGCAGAGGAGGAGGACGAGGAGGACGAGGAGGACGAGGAGGACUGGAGCUGGUAG